GCGCGCAUUGCGUCAGUUUACACGCGUUUGCAACAUCUAAGAACACGACGCGGUCCCUCAAUAUGGCCCGUCUAAGAGAUUAUGAUUGCAUCGGCUUUGAUCUUGAUCACACGUUCAUUCAGUACAGACUUGAUAAUCUUUAUCCGAUGAUAUACAGUUGUUUUGCGCAAGUCUUAGUGAAAGAAAGAGGAUACGAUUGUAGCUUGCUGGAGGAUGACUUUGAAGAUUUCAAGGAUUUCUGCCUGAAAGGCUUGGUCCUGGAUACCAAAAAGGGAAAUAUUUUAAAACUUGGAGUAGAUGGCUUUAUUUUAAGGGCUUCACAUGGUACACAGCAGUUGACAAGGAAAGAGAUUACAGAUUGCUAUGGGGAACAAUGCAUAUGGCCAAAGUUUAACAUCCUGAAAGAAAAUCCCAUUCAGCAUUCCAACAUUUUCAGAGUGUUUGAAAAUUACUUUGACCUUCCAGUGUUGGUUAUAUGUGCUCGUAUUGUUGACAUAACUGACAAAAAGUUUGGAAAACCAGAGGAGUAUAAUUUUUGGCCUGAUAUAAUUUUCUCUUUAAGGAAAAUUUUUAAUCCUUCAUCAUUCAAUAUAGACAAACAAGAACAGUACUUUUACAACCUGAAGAGAAAUAUAUCCACGUUUGUAAAACCUUCUCCUGAGAAAAUUAUCAACUGGAUCAAGUCAAUGAAAGAGACAAAACAAACAGUCUUCCUUCUCACCAAUUCAGAUAUAGAUUAUACAAAUCUUCUUAUGAAUUAUGCAGUAGGAAAACACUGGCCAGAGAUGUUUGACAUGGUUGUGUGUGCAGCAGGCAAACCAGGAUUUUUCAAGUCAGAAGAGCCACUCAUUAAGUUCCAUGAACUUGAUGGUGAAAAGGAAGUAUGCCCUGUUCAAGAGCUUCAAGAAAACAAGAUGUACAGUAAAGGAAAUCACAAGGAUUUAAACAUAUUUUUUCAAAAGCAGACAGACCAGGAUACGCCAAAGGUCUUGUACUUUGGAGACAGCAUCAGAUCAGAUCUGUAUCCAUCAGUAGUCUUUGGUGAUUGGAAUGUUGUUACCGUGCUGGAAGAGAUGGAAUCUGAAGGAAUGGUUACAUGUCAAGAUCAGCAGGAUUGUCUUGAGGAUGGUCCAAAAUCAAAGAAAGCAAGACUGUCUGUGCAAGACAUUGAGAUUGAAAGCUGCAAAGAAGAGGUUCUGUUGUCAAAGCAAUGGGGUUCAUUCUUUGUGCAUGCUGAUACUUGUCAAGAUAAAAUUAUUGAUUGUAAGUUAGAUGGAGAUCAUGACCUUGUGAAAACAUCUGGAAGGAAACAAAUCAAUACUUUCUGGGGAGAUUUAAUACAGAAAUAUAGCACUUUUGUAAUUCCACGGCUAGAUUUCAUCACAGAACUAUCUCCAGACCAUGCAUUUGAAGCCUUCAGUCUUUCAAAGGGAGGUUUCUAUCCAGGAAGUCCUAAGUCUCUUCAUUUAAAUUAAAAACAACUUAAUAUGUUUCUUAUAGUCAUUUAAUCACUGGUAUGCAAUCUAUUUUAUUAAGAAUUGUGAGGUCAAAUUUAGUUCUCUAUCAUGAAAUAUUACUUUAAAUUUUCUGUUACUCGUGCCAUUGCAAAAGUUGUCUGUAGGAAUUUACCAGAAAUGCCUAGUUUCCUGUCAGUUUUAGCUAAUGUAACUUUAUUUAACUAUAAAAGACAGCAAUAAAAUGUUUUGUUGUAUAUAGUUACAUUUUUAAAAAAUCAUUUUUGCUAUUCAUCAUUACCAAUCACUAAAAAAUUUUAAUAGUGUUGUCUCAGAAUUUUGUAAUGUGUGGGUGGCCUUUACUGAAUGAUAAUGAUGAAUGAGUGUAAGAACAGCACCUGUAAUGUUUUAACGAUACUCCUUGUAUGGAGUGGUCCUCAGUUUUUAAUAGUUCGCUGUUCCUGUGAUGGUGUACAAAUUAAGGAUCUCAUAUUGCCAUGCAUCUUUUCAGUAAAAGAUCACAGAAGACAAAAUGUGGUGAAAACAAAAAAGGUUGUACAUGAGGAGCAGCAUGCUCUUACCAAAUAUUUGUGUCUUUUGUCAUCAGUUACAGUACUAUUUGUUUUAUAGGAUGAAAAAAAAAAAUGGAAUGUUGUUAAUGGUGACAUCAUCUGUGGGUCUGUCUUCCAAUAAAAGCAGGAAGCAAUUAAAAUGCGUGUAUAAUUCAGCUUA